AUGGUUGCUUUCACUGUUGACCAAAUGCGUUCUUUAAUGGACACUGUUACCAAUGUUCGUAACAUGUCCGUUAUUGCCCACGUCGAUCACGGUAAGUCUACUUUGACUGAUUCCUUGGUCCAAAGAGCUGGUAUUAUCUCUGCUGCUAAAGCUGGUGAAGCUCGUUUCACUGAUACCAGAAAGGAUGAACAAGAAAGAGGUAUUACUAUCAAGUCUACCGCUAUUUCUUUAUACUCUGAAAUGUCUGAAGAAGAUGUUAAGGACAUCAAGCAAAAGACUGAAGGUCGUGCUUUCUUGAUUAACUUGAUCGAUUCCCCAGGUCACGUCGAUUUCUCUUCUGAAGUUACUGCUGCUUUAAGAGUUACUGAUGGUGCUUUAGUUGUCGUCGAUACCAUUGAAGGUGUCUGUGUCCAAACUGAAACCGUCUUGAGACAAGCUUUAGGUGAAAGAAUUAAGCCAGUCGUCUGUAUUAACAAGGUCGACAGAGCUUUGUUGGAAUUACAAGUCUCCAAGGAAGAUUUGUACCAAACUUUUGCCAGAACCGUCGAAUCCGUUAACGUCAUCAUCUCCACUUACGCUGAUGAAGUUUUAGGUGAUGUUCAAGUCUACCCACAAAGAGGUACCGUUGCUUUCGGUUCCGGUUUACACGGUUGGGCUUUCACCAUCCGUCAAUUUGCCAACAGAUACGGUAAGAAAUUCGGUGUUGACAAGACCAAGAUGAUGGACAGAUUGUGGGGUGACUCUUUCUUCAACCCAAAGACUAAGAAGUGGUCUUCCAAGGAUACCGACGCUGAUGGUAAGCCAUUGGAAAGAGCUUUCAACAUGUUCGUCUUGGACCCAAUCUUCAGAUUAUUCUCUGCCGUUAUGAACUUCAAGAAGGAAGAAAUUCCAGUCUUGUUAGAAAAAUUGGAAAUCCAAUUGAAGGGUGACGAAAAAGAUUUGGAAGGUAAGGCUUUAUUGAAGGUCGUUAUGAGAAAAUUCUUGCCAGCUGCUGAUGCUUUGUUGGAAAUGAUCAUCAUGCACUUGCCAUCUCCAGUUACUGCUCAAGAAUACAGAGCUGAACAAUUAUACGAAGGUCCACACGAUGACCCAAGUUGUAUCGCUAUCAAGAACUGUGAUCCAAAGGCUGACUUAAUGUUGUACGUCUCCAAGAUGGUUCCAACCUCUGAUAAGGGUAGAUUCUACGCUUUCGGUAGAGUUUUCGCUGGUACCGUUAAAUCUGGUCAAAAGGUCAGAAUUCAAGGUCCAAACUUCGUCCCAGGUAAGAAGGAAGAUUUAUUCAUCAAGGCUAUUCAAAGAGUUGUUUUGAUGAUGGGUAGAUUCGUCGAACCAAUUGAUGACUGUCCAGCUGGUAACAUUAUCGGUUUAGUCGGUAUCGAUCAAUUCUUGUUGAAGACCGGUACUUUGACCACUUCCGAAACUGCUUACAACAUGAAGGUCAUGAAAUUCUCUGUCUCUCCAGUUGUCCAAGUCGCUGUCGAAGUUAAGAACGCUAACGACUUGCCAAAAUUGGUUGAAGGUUUAAAGAGAUUGUCUAAGUCUGAUCCAUGUGUCUUGACUUACAUGUCUGAAUCUGGUGAACAUAUUGUCGCUGGUACCGGUGAAUUACAUUUGGAAAUUUGUUUGCAAGAUUUAGAAAACGACCACGCUGGUAUUCCAUUGAAGAUUUCCCCACCAGUCGUUGCUUACAGAGAAACUGUUGAAGGUGAAUCUUCUCAAACCGCUUUGUCCAAGUCUCCAAACAAGCAUAACAGAAUCUACUUGAAGGCUGAACCAAUUGACGAAGAAGUUUCUUUGGCUAUUGAAGGUGGUAAGAUUAACCCAAGAGAUGAUUUUAAGGCCAGAGCCAGAGUCAUGGCUGACGAAUUCGGCUGGGAUGUCACUGACGCCAGAAAGAUCUGGUGUUUCGGUCCAGAUGGUAACGGUCCAAAUUUGGUUGUUGACCAAACUAAGGCUGUCCAAUACUUGAACGAAAUCAAGGAUUCCGUUGUUGCUGCUUUCCAAUGGGCUACCAAGGAAGGUCCAAUCUUCGGUGAACAAAUGAGAUCCGUCAGAGUUAACAUCUUAGAUGUUACUUUACACGCUGAUGCUAUCCACAGAGGUGGUGGUCAAAUUAUCCCAACCAUGAGAAGAGCUACUUACGCCGGUUUCUUGUUGGCUGAACCAAAGAUUCAAGAACCAGUCUUCUUGGUCGAAAUUCAAUGUCCAGAACAAGCUGUUGGUGGUAUCUACUCCGUCUUAAACAAGAAGAGAGGUCAAGUCGUCUCUGAAGAACAAAGACCAGGUACUCCAUUGUUCACUGUCAAGGCUUACUUGCCAGUCAACGAAUCUUUCGGUUUCACCGGUGAAUUGAGACAAGCUACCGGUGGUCAAGCUUUCCCACAAAUGGUUUUCGACCAUUGGGCUACUUUAGGUACUGACCCAUUGGACCCAACCACCAAGGCUGGUGAAAUUGUUGCUGCCUCCCGUAAAAGACGUGGUAUGAAGGAAGAAGUUCCAGGCUGGCAAGAAUACUACGACAAAUUGUAA